GCUAAAAGAAUUCUGAAACGGAAAAUUCUCAGCGGACUUGAUCACAUUCUGAAGGAAGUCUUAGUUUCUGCGAAUGGAAACCUGUUUCGCUUCCCAUACAAGUCAUUGAGUGAAACAAUCAGUGUUGUUAUGUUGGCGUUACUUCGAGAUGUCUUGGAGCAGGAGAAGGACUUGUCGGCCGAGUUCAUGAAGGAAGUGCAGGAGUUUGCCAAGCAGCUGUUCCUGGCAGGACAGAGUGACCUGGAGAGGAAUCCCUCCCACCACAGCCUCCAGGAUCGGCUGACAGACUUCAACCCCUACCAGUUGCUGGUCCAUGCCAAUGGUGCCUGUGUGGACCUUCUCUUCUGGGCCAUCAGAGAGGAAUCAGAAGCUGAGAAUCUGUGUGUGAAACUGACGGAGAAGAUCAGCACAAACACAGAGAGGAAGUUGCUGCUGUCUCACACUCCACUCUUGUCGGCAUCUCUGGAGGCUCUUGGCAAGAUGGCGGUGAAGUUUCCUGCUCUGGGAAGUGCCAUGGUAGCCUCACUGCGGGACUUCCUGGUCAGCCCGUCACCAAUCCUCAGCAAACUCAACAAGUAUGCCUUGUCAGAAGGAGGCAGGUCAGGCUACUCCGGCAGUGGAGGAGGUAUCCGUAUCCUUGUGACGGACGAGGACAAAAAGGAAGGAAGCAGAGGAAGCAAGUUGCCCAAAAACCGACUUCUGGCAACAAUGGAGAAUUUACGAGAUAAUGCAAUUCAUAAUAUUUGCAGAGCAUUGAAAGCUAGCCAGCAGGUGGACAAAGACUGUGUCCCAGCAUUCCUAGCCUCCAUCUCCAACCGGUUGUACAGAGCUGAACUCAGUGACAG